AUAAGAGACAAACUGUGACAAACAGAGCUGCAGUCAGAGGAGGAGCUAAACUGGAAAGACCAGAUUCAACGUCACUUUACUGAAAUGAAACUCAAACUUUGUCAGAGCGACGGCAGAGCUGCAGUCCAGACAAACUUCUGUGUUUCUGUCUGAAGAAAAUUCAUCUAAGUUCAUCUGUUCUUUCUCAAGAUCUGACUAAAAUACUGUGUGUACACAUGUCUGCUGCCAGAAGUCUGAGAUCUGAAGAUCAGUUUCUGUGUUCCAUCUGUCUGGAUGUGUUCACUGAUCCAGUCUCUACAUCAUGUGGACACAACUUCUGCAAACACUGCAUCACUCAACACUGGGAUACCACUGAUCUAUGUAAGUGUCCCCUGUGUAAAGAGAUGUUCCACACUAGACCUCAGCUGAAGAUCAACACUUUGUUCUCUGAGAUGGUUGCUGAGUUCAGACAUGAAGCUCAACAGAAAGCCAGCAGCAGCAGCUCAGAGCAACAAGCUGCCAAACCAGGAGAAGUUCCCUGUGACGUCUGCAUUGGAACCAAACCGAAGGCCCUGAAGUCCUGCCUGGUGUGUCUGCUCUCCUACUGUGACUCUCACCUGGAGCCUCAUCUGACAAUGUCAGGCCUGAAAAGACAUCAGCUGAUCCACCCUGUGGACAACCUGGAAGACAGGACGUGUAGGAAGCAUGAUAAAAAUCUGGAGCUGUUCUGUAAGACCGACCAGACAUGUGUCUGCCUGAUUUGCCCUGUUUUAGACCACAAGACACAUGAUGUUGUUCCUCUGAAAGAAGGAUAUGAAGGAAAGAAGGCAGAGCUGGAGAAGACAGAGGAGGAAAUUGAGCAGAUGAUCCAGAAGAGACGACUGAAGAUUGAGGAGAUGAAAGAGUCAGUGAAGAUGAGUAAAGAUGCUGCAGACAGAGAGAAAGCAGAAGGUGUUCAGGUCUUCACUGCUCUGAAGGAGUCUGUUGAGAGAGGCCUGGACCAGCUCAUAAAGGACAUCGAAGACAAACAGAAAACAACAGAGAAACAGGCUGAAGGUUUCAUCAAACAUCUGAAACAGGAAGUCUCUGAGCUGAUGAAGAGGAGCUCUGAGGUAAAGCAGCUCUCACGGUCCGAAGACCACCUCCACCUCCUCCAAAGCUUCUCCUCCCUGAAAGCUGCUCCACCCACCAAGGACUGGACAGAGAUCAGCGUCCGUCCACCAUCAUAUGAGGGGACUGUGGUGAGAGCUGUGACUCAGCUGGAGGAGACACUCAGUAAAGACAUGAAGAAAGCUCAGCUGAAGAGGGUCCAGCAGUAUGCAGUGGAUGUGACUCUAGAUCCUGAUACAGCACAUCCUUACCUCAUCCUGUCUGAUGAUGGAAAACAAGUUCACUGUGGUGACGUGAGAAACAAUCUUCCAGACAACCCAGAGAGAUUUUCUACAUGUCCAUGUGUUUUAGGAAUAAAAAGUUUCUCUUCAGACAGAUUUUAUUUUCAGGUUCAGGUUAAAGGAAAGACUGAAUGGGAUCUAGGAGUGGCAAGAGAGUCAAUCGACAGGAAGGAAGACAUCCCACUGACUCCUCAGGAUGGUUACUGGACUAUAUGGUUGAGAGACGGAAAUGAAUACAAAGCUCUUGCUGGUCCUUCAGUGCGUCUCUCUCUUGGUUCUCGUCCUGAGAUGGUGGGGGUGUUUGUGGAUUAUGAGAGGGGUCUGGUCUCCUUUCAUGAUGUAGAUACUGCAGCUCUUAUCUACUCCUUUACUGGCUGCUCCUUCAAUGACAAACUUUAUCCAUACAUCAGUCCUAGUCUGAACUAUGGUGGUAAAAACUCUGCACCUCUGAUCAUCUGUCCUGUCAAUCAAACUGUCUGAUCCAUUUAAUGAUGAAGCUUUGAGAUCAAUGAAUGAACUUAUUGAUCUUCACUCUUUAUUCACACUCUUUACAUAUAUGCUUUAAUACUACAAUACUGCUACAGCUGAGAACACAAAGAUAUCAAAGGAUGAGAGAGAUACAGUACAAACUGAUUAUUCUGGAAUUAAAUGAUUUCAUUGUGAAUCAUGAUAAAAAUGUUCAUAUCAGCUUGUUUUAUUUCAUUAAUGUUCUCAUUCCUUAAUUCUUCAGUUGAUCAGUUUAGAUUUAAUGGUUGUUGGACUUUUACCUUUUACUUGUUUUAAUGUUUUUACUCUGUUGAUUCAUGAAACUGGAAUUUGUGAUAAUUGUAAAAUGAGCGUCAAUUAAAGUCCUAGAGCUGUGAA